GAGGCAGCAGAGGGGAGGUGGCACCAUUGGAGACGCUCACAGGACAGAUAGAUAUAUAUAUAUACCAGGGUUUUUUCUCUCGGAGGGGAGGAAGAUAUCUAAACCGUGACAUCAUAUUUACCAGGGUUUUUUCUCUCGGAGGGGAGGAAGAUAUCUAAACCGUGACAUCAUAUUUACCGGAGGCACACAAGUGGAAGAUAACACAGGCGCAAAUGUGACUUGAGGAACAGACUCAGGUGCAAAGAAAGCAAACUGGCGGCGCACUUAAUAUGCAGAAGUCACCAGUGGAAGAUGCAAACUUCCUCUCCAAAUAUUUCUUCUGGUGGACGUCACCGCUGCUCAGAAAAGGCUUCACGAAGAAGUUGGAGCUGACAGAUGUGUACAAGGCUCCUUCGUUUGAUCUGGCAGACAACCUCUCCGAGAGACUCGAAAGAGAAUGGGACAGAGAGGUGGCUUCAGUUUCAGCCAAGAACAAGCCCAGGCUGAUGAGAGCGCUGGCACGAUGCUUCAUCGGACCCUUCGCCUUCUUCGGCGUCCUCCUCUACCUCGGGGAGGCUUCGAAGACGGUGCAGCCUCAACUCCUCGGGCGCAUCAUAGCCUCCUUCGACCCGUUCCACGCUCCGGAGCGAAGUCAGGGAUACUUCCUGGCCCUCGGCCUCUGCCUCCUCUUCACCGCCCGCUUCCUCCUGCUGCAACCCGCCAUCUUCGGCCUGCACCACCUGGGCAUGCAGAUCCGCAUCGCACUCUUUAGUCUCAUAUACAAGAAGACCCUGAAGCUGUCGAGCCGGGUGUUGGAUAAGAUCAGCACGGGUGAUCUGGUCAGUCUGAUGUCGGCUCACCUCAACAAGCUCGAUGAGAGCCUGGGUCUGGCCCACUUCGUGUGGAUCACCCCCCUGCAGUGCAUCCUGUGUGUGGGGCUGCUCUGGGAGCUGAUCGAGGUGAACGGCUUCUGUGCGCUGGCCACUCUCACUCUGCUGGGCAUCAUCCAGGCCUGGCUCUCCCAGAAGAUGGGACCGCACCGGGCGGAGCGAGGCGGACUGAUCAGCCGCCGCCUGGCUCUCACCUCGGAGAUCGUGGAGAACAUCCACUCUGUGAAGGCGUACGGCUGGGAGGAGGUGAUGGAGACCAUCAUCAAGAACAUCCGGCAGGACGAGAUGACGCUGACGAGGAAGAUCGGGUCUCUGCGGUACUUCUACAGCGCCUCCUACUUCUUCUCCGCCAUCCUGGUCAUCGUGUCGGCCGUCGUGCCGCACGCGCUCAGUAAAGGCAUCAUCCUGCGCCGCAUCUUCACCACCGCCUCCUACUGCAUGGUGCUGAGGAUGACUCUGACCCGCCAGCUGCCCGGGUCCAUCCAGAUGUGGUACGACACGCUGGCGCUGGUCAAGAAGAUCGAGGAAUUCCUGAUGAAGGAGGAAUACCGAGCGAUUGAGUACAACCUGACCACCACCGAGCUGGAGCUGGUCAACGUUUCUGCAUCCUGGGACGAGGGCAUUGGUGAGUUGUUUGAGAAGAUCAAGCAGGAGAACAAAGCUAACGGACAUCUGAACGGAGACGCCGGCAUCUUCUUCACCAACCUCUACGUCACACCUGUCCUGAAGAACAUCAGCCUGUACCUGGAGAAAGGAAAGAUGCUGGCAGUGGCCGGAUCCACGGGCUCAGGGAAGAGCUCCCUGCUCAUGCUGAUCCUCGGGGAGCUGGUGCCGUCGGAGGGUAAAAUCCGACACAGCGGACGGGUCUCCUUCUCGCCUCAGACCGCCUGGAUCGUGCCGGGGACGAUCAGAGACAACAUCCUGUUCGGGCUGACAUACGACGAGUACCGCUACACCUCCGUCAUCAAGGCGUGCCAGCUGGAGGAGGACUUUGCCUUGCUGCCGGAGAAAGACAAGACGCUCCUGGUGGAGGGAGGGGUGACGCUCAGCGGGGGUCAGAGGGCUCGCCUCGGCCUGGCCAGGGCGGUGUAUAAGGAUGCAGACCUCUACCUGCUGGACGCACCCUUCACACACCUGGACCUGGUGACGGAGAAAGAGAUCUUUGAGAAAUGUGUUUGCACCCGUAUGGCCUCCAAGACGCGCAUCGUGGUCACCAGCAAGUUGGAGCAUUUAAAGCGAGCGGACCGGAUCCUCCUGCUGCACAACGGAGACUGCUUCUUCUACGGGACGUUCUCCGAGCUGCAGGCCAAGCGUCCCGACUUCAGCAACCUGCUCCUCGGCAUGGAGGCGUACGACAACUGCAACGCGGAGCGACGCAGCUCCAUCCUCACGGAAACCCUCCGAAGGGUCUCCGUCGACGAAACCGCCGGCUUCAGAGGACCAGAAACUCUCCGGCAGUCUUUCCGCCAGCAGCAGCCGCCUGUCAUUAACGGAUCCCAAGGAGGUGACGGGUACCCGGAGAAACGCAAACAAUCCCUCAUCCUGAAUCCUCUGGCCGCCGCUCGCAAGUUCUCCUUCAUCGGGAACUCCCAACCAGAGAUGGCAAAAACUGCUAGCACCACCAUAGAGGACGGUGUGAGGGAGCUCGCAGAGAGGAAGUUCUCCAUGGUUCCCGAGGACGACCAGGUGGAGGAGGUUCUCCCCAGAGGGAACCUGUACCACAACGGGCUGCAGCACCUCAACGGGCAGCGCAGGCAGUCGGUCCUGGCCUUCAUCACCAACCCUCAGGGCCACGAGAGGCGCGAGCACAUGCAGUCGUCCUUCAGGAAGAAGCCGUCCGUCACGCCGCAGUGCGACCCGGCGCCAGAGCGCGACAUCUACGCCCGCCGCCUCUCCAAAGACAGCGUUUACGACAUCAGUGACGACGUGGACGAAGAGGACAUGGAGCAAUGCUUCGCAGAUGAGCGUGAGAACAUCUUUGAAACUACCUCAUGGAGCACUUACCUGCGCUACAUCACCACCAACAGGAGCUUAGUCUACGUCCUGUUCUUCAUCGUCUUCGUCUUCAUCAUUGAGGUUGCUGGUUCAGUCAUUGGCAUUUUCCUCAUUACUGAUGAGAUCUGGAGGGACAGCACUAACCCUUCGUCUCCGAACUACAUCGACGAGCAGCCGCAGAACGCCUCGUCGCCGGCCACCCACCUGGCUGUUAUCGUCACGCCGACCAGCGCGUAUUACAUCAUCUACAUCUACGUGGCGACGUCGGAGAGCGUGCUGGCGUUGGGUUUCUUCAGAGGACUUCCUUUGGUGCACACGUUACUCACCGUGUCCAAAAGACUCCACGAGCAGAUGCUGAGCGCCGUGCUGCGCGCCCCCAUGGGCGUGCUCAACACCAUGAAGACAGGCCGGAUCAUGAACAGAUUCACAAAGGACAUGGCCACCAUCGACGACAUGCUGCCUCUGGUGCUGUUUGACCUCAUUCAGCUCACAUUGAUCGUAACGGGAGCCAUCUUCACCGUGUCCAUCAUACGGCCGUACAUCUUCCUCGCUGCCAUCCCAUUGGCCGUCAUCUUCGUCAUGCUCAGAAAAUACUUCUUAAGAACCGGGCAGCAACUCAAGCUGCUGGAGGCUGAAGCUCGCAGCCCGAUCUUCUCCCACCUCAUCAUCUCUCUGAAAGGGCUGUGGACGAUCCGAGCGUUCGGGCGUCAGACGUACUUCGAGACGCUCUUCCACAAAGCGCUGAACACUCACACGGCCGCCUGGUUCCACUACCUGUCCACGUUGCGCUGGUUCCUCUUCCGCUGCGAAAUGAUCUUCGUCCUCUUCUUCACCGCCGCCGCCUUCAUCGCCGUGGGAACCAACAAGGACAAACCAGGGGAGGUUGGCAUCAUCGUGGCCCUCGCUAUGCUCAUCCUGGGGACUUUCCAAUGGGCUGUCAUCACCAGCAUCACUGUGGAUGGACUGAUGCGUUCUGUGGACCGGGUGUUCAGGUUCAUCGACCUGCCGCCAGAGGAGCCCAUGCCGGGGAAGUCUGGAGGUAAAGGAGGCCCCGACCUGGUCAUCGAUAACCCUCACGCUCAGGACUGCUGGCCCAACCGCGGACAGAUGGACGUCCAGGGCCUGACGGUGAAAUACACGGAGGCCGGGCGCUCGGUCCUCAGCGACAUCUCCUUCUCUGUGGAGGGGGGGCAGAGCAUUGGUCUGCUGGGUCGGACGGGUUCAGGUAAAAGCACGCUUCUCUCCGCUCUGCUGCGCCUCGCCUCCACUGACGGAGAGAUCUCCAUCGACGGCGUCUCCUGGAGCUCCGUCUCCCUGCACACCUGGAGGAAGGCCUUUGGGGUCGUGCCGCAGAGAGUGUUUAUCCUGACCGGCACUUUCCGGAUAUCUGGACCCUCACGGCCAGAGAUGAGAGGAGGUGGAGCGUAG